AUGGCUUCUCCUCGAUCUAUAAAUACUCCAGGCUCAAACCGAAAUAGACGCCAAUCAAACCAAAACCUGGCUGAGUCUCCCUUUCGGCAGUCGGCCGUCCGACUAGCAAGCGCAUCACCUGUCGGGUCCCCCAGCGUCCGUAGUCUCGCUAACCCAUUUACCUCUUCAGUCGUCUCAUCUAGAAGACCAUCACACUCAUCUUUGGCUAUUCCUGACUUUGGAACUUCUCCUCAAACUUCAUUACUUCACAAUGGCCCUACAGCCAUUCCUGGUGCACAAAACCAACAACCCCCACGAAGCUCAACUCCUUCAGUCUACUCUCUCAACAUUGAGAACCCAGACCCUGAACUUGUGCGUGUGGUGGGCCGUCAUUUAGUCAAUGAAGAUGAUAUUUCCUCUUCAUAUCGCACCAAUAAUGGACUUUCUGGAUCGUUUUCAAACAAUAUCAACAUUAAUAAUAGUAAUAGUAACCGGUCACGAACAGGAAGCAACAUGUUUGGUACUACCCCGACUGGGGCUGGAAGCAGCAGCUAUUACGAUGCCACGGGUGAUCCAGAUGAACAAUUUGACUCGCUGCGUCUUCAAGGAGGUGACAUUACCCGCCAGCUUUAUAAGUGGCAACGUGACCAUGAACCCGACUCAAUCGCAAACAAGACACGUACACGUGCCAAGUCGUUUGAUAUGCCCCGGCCCGUGGACCCAGAAAAUGUCAACAUUAAAGUGCCUGGCGGGUUCCGCCGUAACUUUAUUGCCAAACGUGCGCAAGACCAGAAACAAGUACACCCGCCAACCUUUUUGACUAGAAACUUUAUUGAAUUUUUAAGCAUCUAUGGCCACUUUGCUGGUGAAGAACUGGAGGACGACGAUGAUGAAUAUACGGAUGAAGAUUUCCAAAGCACAGCACCUUCUGGCUCAGGCGCUACGGAUGAGGAGGACGAAGGCAACGGGCAACCCACCGAGGACACGGCGCUACUUCCCUCCCGUGAGCGCCGCACUCACCACCACCACCACAAGCAGAAGGCAAACGCGACCAUCACCAAAGCAGUGCUGCUUCUUCUUAAAAGCUUUGUGGGCACAGGUGUGCUCUUUUUGCCCAAGGCCUUUUUCAAUGGUGGCAUUUUAUUUUCGUCUCUUGCGCUUGUUUUUGUUGCCAUUCUGUCCCAGGUCUGCUUCGUCCUCCUGUUGCAGUCCCGUAAGGCCGUCGGCGUCUCAUCUUUUGGUGAUAUCGGCGGCGCCCUCUUUGGACCCAAAAUGCGUAAUCUCAUUCUCUCAUCUCUCGUGCUCUCCCAAAUUGGCUUUGCAUCGGCUUACAUUGUCUUUACCUCGGAAAACCUUCAGGCCCUUAUUCUUGCUGUCACUAAUAAUCAAACGCUCGUCAAUAUCGAGCAACUCAUUUUCCUUCAACUUCUUAUCUUCCUCCCGCUUUCCAUGAUUCGCAACAUUGCAAAGCUGUCUGGAACGGCUCUUGUUGCUGACUUUUUCAUUCUCCUUGGUCUCUUAUAUCUCUACUACUGGGGCGGCCUUACCCUCGCCCGUAACGGCAUCUCCGAUGUUAAGCUGUUUAACCCCCGCGAUUGGACCCUCUUCAUUGGCACAGCCAUUUUCACUUUUGAGGGUAUUGGUUUGAUUAUCCCUAUCCAAGAAUCCAUGAAGCAGCCACAAAAGUUCCCCUAUGUUCUUGGUGGUGUCAUGAUUGGUAUCACUGUUAUUUUCGUAUCCAUGGGCGCAUUAUCUUAUGCUGCUUAUGGCUCUGACGUGAAGACAGUUGUUAUUUUAAAUCUGCCUCAAGACUCCAAAUUUGUCAAUUUCAUUCAGUUACUCUACUCGCUUGCCAUUUUGCUUUCAACACCAUUGCAACUCUUCCCUGCCAUUCGUAUUCUCGAAAAUGGUUUGUUUGUUCGCUCGGGAAAGUACAAUGUACGCAUCAAGUGGCAAAAAAAUGUAUUUCGGUUCUGUCUUGUAUUUUUGACUGCUUUUAUUGCAUGGGGAGGCGCAGACGAUUUGGACAGAUUUGUCGCCCUUAUUGGUUCCUUUGCUUGCAUCCCCCUCGGGUAUAUCUACCCCCCGUUACUUCACCUUAAGGGCGUGGCAUCAACUACCUCUGCUAAGGCCUUUGAUUUGGCGCUAAUCAUUUUUGGCUUUGUAGCCAUGUUUUACACUACCUUUACUACAAUCGUUAGUUGGAUCAACUCGCCAUAG